GGAACACCAUGUCUGGGAAGAACUUCUACAAGAUGUUGAAGGAGUGUGGUGUGAUGGAUGGGAAAGUCGUGACCAGCACUGAUGUGCUCGUUGUCUUCAACAAAGUCAAGAGGGAUGUCAGAGCUGGAAAAAGCCUUCCGUAAAUUUGCUACGUAUGGAGACACAGCUGCCACAGGCAAUGACAUGACAGGCAAGAACUUCUCCAAGAUGUUGAAGGAAUGUGGUGUAAUGGAUGGCAAAGCUGUGACAAGCACUGACGUGGACAUUGUCUUCAAUAAAGUCAAGGCCAAGGGUGCUCGCAACAUCACAUUUCCAGAAUUCCAAGAAGCGAUAAAGGAGCUGAGUGCUAAACGCUUCAAAGGGAAGUCCCCUGAUGAGGCUUUGCAGGCCAUUCACCAGCUGAUGGAGGGCAAGGAACCAGGCAACGUAGGGGCAACCAAAACCGUUGCAGCCGGUGCAGUAGACAGACUGACCGACACCAGCAAAUAUACAGGUUCUCACAAGGAACGCUUUGAUGAAAGUGGCAAAGGCAAAGGGAUGGCUGGGCGUGCAGAGACGGCUGACAACAGUGGCUAUGUUGGGGCUUAUAAGGGAGCUGGGACUUAUGAUAAGUCCCACUAGAUGUGAAAUGGGGUCUCCUGGAAACCCUGCCAGUCCUCCUUGGCCUUGGAAUGAGAGGCCAAUAAACACCGGCUCUAAAUCA